AUGAAGCCAGCCGCACCAUACGCGGCCUCUCGAGCGCUGAUGCGCCGCGUCGACGGUGGCAUAGUGGGUGGUGAGCCGGUGGACAUCUCCCAGCGCCCGUGGCAGGUCUCGGUAGAGAACGGUGGCUUCCACUACUGCGGCGGCUCCAUCAUCAGCCCUUCGUGGGUGCUGACUGCAGCGCACUGCCUCAUCGGCAUUACUGAAAGUUACCUGUCGGUGCGGGCUGUGUUCUCGUGCAAAUCCAGGGACGCAAAUGUAGUUGAUGAGCUGGUAAACGACACGUGUAUAAUUAUUACAUGUUAUCUUAAACCUAAGUUACUUGUGAAACUCUACCAGCUCAUAGGUGCAGAGCCAUCAGAUAUUCGUUGUGAAGUAGCUGCCAACGCGGAGAGGAAAAACCAGGUGGUAGACCUCAGCAGCACCGAACCCGAAGCCGGCGCCGUGGUGACCGUCACAGGUUGGGGCAGCCUGCAGCCCGAAGCGAAGUAUUCGGGGCAGCUGCAGGCGGACACGACGUCCAUGAUCGCGCGGUCUGGCUGCAACGCCAGCUACGGCAGACCCGUCACGGAGCGCAUGAUCUUCGCCGGCGAGCUCGACGGCGGCAAGUACGCCUGCCAGGGGAACACCGGAGGGCCCCUGGCGGCCGGCAACACGCAGCACGGCAUCGCCUCCUGGAGCUUUGGCUGCGCCAACGCCACCUACCCGGGCGUCUACUCCAGCGUCGCGUCCCUGCGGUCGUGGAUUAGAGCCGCAUCUGGUGUCUAG